AUGCGACAGAUGCCACAUGGGUAAGUGUGUCAUGCUCGGAUGCUUACCCAUACGUGUGCGUUUCUAGAUUCAGCGUUUGAUCAAGCCGAAACAGUGUGUCAAUCAACGGGCGGACAUCUUGCAUCCAUUCACAGCGAUGAAGAGAAUGUAUUCGUAUCCAGCUUGACUCACAUGGGCAUUGAAUACAGAAAUGAAAAGCAAUUAACAUGGAUUGGUUUGAGAAAACCAAAUUCACCUGAAAAUAGUACAUGGGCAUGGACCGAUGGAUCUACAGUUGACUACCUUAUGUGGGCUCCUGGAAAACCACAAGAUAUCACAGGCCUUCAGAAUUGUGCUCAGAUGUACACUGAUUCUUUGAGCAGAAAUCCUGCCAGUGAUGGGGAUUUCCGUCAUUGGAAUGAUGUUCAGUGCGCUACAACAAUGCGUGCUUAUGUAUGCAAGCAAGCGGCUCUUCAUUGA